CCUGGGUCUACGCCCCGAUAUGACGAAGCUCAGCCCGCCGGCCCUGCCGACCAUUGGCCAUGUCGAUCCCAAGGCCUCGACGGACGUCUCGGUCGCCGAUCCCACCUCUGCAGAUGCCUCGACCCUGGACCAGGGCACGGCUCCUUCCUCGGCGGCGGUCCUGGCUGGUGCCGGGCCCGACCUGCUGGCCGGGAUGACGCGCGGGCAGAAGCACCAGCUCCGCCGGACCAAUCCCCUCCUGUACAACCGCGUGAAGAGCAUCCGCGUAUUGCGGCUGCGCAACCUGCUGCCGAUUGAUCGGCGCCUGCCCCUCGUGGCGUCAUACACCGAGACCUCCUCGGCACGGGAAAUCCCGGCCGAGUUUAUGGCGGUGGCCCGUGCAGCGGCCACCGAGGCCGACGGGUCACAGGGCGGUCUGCAGACCACCGACGGGGUGCCCGCGUCGCUGCACUAUCUGAAUGAGUUCAUCCGAUGCCUCGGCAGCGCGCCGAUCAUCCUCAGCAGCAAGGUCUUUGAUAUUCACAGCCCGGCCAAGGAGCUGACCGAGACCAUGGCCUGCUUCGCGGCCUGCUUCUCGCACCUGCUGGCCAAGCAGGCUCUCAAAACCGCCUCCAAGAACAUGUUCCGAAAGCGGACCUCCCCCCUGGUGACCGAUGCUUCGCGCAUCAGUGGGCUGGCCGCGGCGGCUCUCGGCGGCUUUGACCCGCAGGACUCCAAGCACACGGCCUUGCUGGCCGUUGGCGAUGGAUCCACCCCCCGUGGCGGAAUCAUGUUCGCCUGCCGGACCAAGUGGCAGUGCUUCAGCAUCGAUCCCCUGAUGAAGGUCAAGGGGCCCUGGUCGGAGGUGAAUCGCCUGGUCCCGGUCCGCUCCACCAUCCAGGCCUUCAACCUGGACGAUCACUGUGGCGACAUGGAGGUGAAAAACAUUGUCCUUGUUCUCAUGCACUGCCAUGUCGGUGUAAAUGAGGCCCUCCGUUACUUGCUGCCGCCGUACCGGAAAACCUGGCCCGAGAAGGUGGGCAUCAUUUCCUGCCCCUGCUGCAAUUUCGCCCAAAUUCAAGAGUCCCUCUUUGGCCUGCCCCCGGUGGAUGUGUGGUACGAUGUGCACUGCCUGUCCAAGGACAACGAAAUGCGCGUGUGGCAUGUGGCCACCCCGAGCCAAUGGGAGGCUCUGCGUCGCGGAGUGGACGAGUGGGAUGCCAGCGUGCAGACGAUCAUCGCCGAGAAUGAUGAUUUCCUGGCCCGGCGCACGCGCGAGGGGGUGGAAGCCGCCGCCGCCGCCGCUGCCGCCGCCGCCGCCUCUGCCGCCCCUGACGCCACCGCCGAGGCCACCACCGCCUCGGCUACCCCUGCGACGACCGCCUCGGCUCCGAGCCAGUAG